UGGCCCCCUACCACUAAGUCGCCAUGGACAUGGACCAACUCUGCUUGAUGGCCUUAGCCACGAUUCUCCUUACGUUUAUUCUGAGGCAGGUUCUGGGCGGUAAGGGCACAGGAGCCAGGCUUCCUCCGGGUCCAUGGAACCUCCCCGUCAUCGGCAGCCUCCACCACCUGGUCGCCACGAAGCUGCCGCCGCACCGCGCGCUGUUCCGCCUGUCGCGCCGGCACGGCCCGCUCAUGCUGCUGAGGCUCGGCGAGAUGCCCAACGUCAUUGUGUCCACCCCCGAGGCGGCGAUGCUCGUGCUCAAGACGAACGACCUCACCUUCGCGACCCGCACCAGCGGCCCCACGCUGGACGUCGUCGGCAGCGCCAGCGAGGGCAUCAUCUUCGCGCCGUACGGCGAGCACUGGCGCCAGAUGCGCAAGAUCUGCGUCGUCGAGCUGCUCAGCGCGAUGCAGGUGCGGCGCAUCCAGUCCAUCAUGCAGGCCGAGAUCGCGCACCUCGUGGAGUCGGUCGUCGCCGCGUCCUCUGCCUCGCCGUCCGGCUCCGCCGUCGUCGACGUCGGCAAGGGGCUGGCCAGGCUGACCAACAGCGUCAUCGCGAGGGCGGUGUUCGGCGGGAAGUCUCGGCAGCAGGAGGCGUACCUCCGGGAGCUCGACGUAAUGGCGAUUCUCGGGGGAGGGUUCAGCUUGGUGGACCUUUUCCCGUCGUCGCGGCUGGUGCGGUGGCUGAGCAGCUCCGGGCGCGCCAUGAGGAGGCUCCACUCCCGGAUGCAGCGCAUCCUAGGAGAUAUCAUCCAAGAUCGCAAGGAGAAGAAAGUACCGAAUGGUGCUUCUGAUGCUCCUGCUACGGCUAGAGACAACGAGGACCUGCUGGACGUGCUCCUCAGGCUGGGCAAGGAAGACACACUCAGUUUCCCUCUCACGUCCGAGAUCAUCAGCGCCGUCAUCUUUGAUAUAUUUUCAGCUGCUACCGACACCACGGCUGCCACGUUAGAAUGGGCCAUGGCAGAACUCGUGCGCAACCCGGAGGCAAUGGCAAGAGCGAAACUCGAAGUCCGACAGAUGCUCGGACAUCGCCGCAGCUCCACCAUCACGAGCGCAGACCUGGCCGGCCUGCACUAUCUUCGGAUGGUCAUCAAGGAAACGCUGAGGCUGCACCCCUCCGCGCCGCUGAUCCACCGGGCGAGCCAGGAGAACUGCCGGGUCAUGGGCUACGACAUACCCAAGGGCACCGCCGUCAUGAUAAACGCCUUCGCCGUGGGGAGCGACACGGCGCACUGGGGAGCGGACGCCGCGGAAUUCAGGCCGGAGAGGUUCGAGGGCGUGAGCGUGGAGUACAACUCACAAGGGCCGCACAUGGAGUUCAUCCCGUUUGGAGCUGGCCGUAGGCAGUGCCCUGGAGCCCUGUUCGCGACCACCAUGCUCGAGCUCGUGUUGGCCAACCUGCUGUAUCACUUUGACUGGGCGAUUCCCGGUGGGGCAGGCCCGGAGACGCUGGACAUGGGCGAGGUAUUUGGGAUCAUCGUGCAUACUAGGUCCAGCCUGCACCUGCAGGCAUCCUCAGCAUGCCAUCUACAAGACCAGACCACCGUUGAACUGUCCUAGAAAUUAUUCACAGACAAUAAUGUUAAAACAUCCCACAAGUUUUAUCGGUUGAGCAACCAAGUUGUAAUAAUACACCAAAUAAUGUUUAUUCCUUCAAUAUUUGUGAACUAUGUGUGUACUAUGUACCAUCAAUUUAUUAUAGUAUGUCAGAAUUGUUAAUUUUCCUUUGACUGAUUUUAAUUUGGCUCCAUUCGAGGUUUUUUUGUUUUUUUUGCACUUUGGCUAUAUGUAAGUUGCCUAAUUUUUGAAUUUGAGUCAGUCGAUUUUUGUGUCCAUUCAUUGCUGCUCCAAGAUUCGUGCACCUUUUUCGGGCUGAAUAUUUUUGACUAAUCGUUGUUUUGACUCAGUCGAUUCCUUAACAGGCUGAAGCCUGUUACCCCUUUAGUCAGCUACCCUCUCACUAGCCUAUGGAGCUUUUUUUUUUUGAGAAUCUCUAGCCUAUGGAGCUGACCCACGAGAGCUCCUCGCCAGCGCCUUCAGCGCCCGCUGCGUCGCUUGCAUGGGCUUGGCCCAGCAACGCGCACUGGCUCCCGCUCGCUAGCCGCCCACUCGAUCGCUCGAUCGCUGGUUCACGCAGCACGCUCGAUCGCUUGUUUUUUUUUUCUCUUCCCCAAAAUUGCUACAUUAUGUCAUGAUUUCUCUUAGGAAAAAACCAACCGAUUUUCUACAGCACAUACUCUGGUUUUUAGGAAAAAGUUUAUCGAAUUCGAAAAAAAGUUCAUCGGAUUUGCAAAAAAGUUCAUCAAUUUUGAAAAAAAAAUCGUCAAAUACGAAAAAAAGUUCAUCAAAUUUGGAAAAAGUUCAUCGAAUAUGAAAAAAAGUUCAUCGGAUUUGAGAAAAAGUUCAUCGAAUUUGGAAAAAAGCUCAUCGAAGUUGAAAAAAAGUUCGCCAGAUUUGAAAAAGGUUCAUCGAUUAUGAAAAAUGCUCAUUGAAUUUGUAAACAAAAAGUUCAUCCAUUUUUCCGGAAAAAAAGUGAAGAAAGAAUUUUUCUUCAAUUUUAAAAAAAGGGAAAAAGAAAAGGCGAAAGAAGAAAGUGUAGAAAAGAUGUAUGUUAUCACAUCAAGCUUGGUGGCGCGGUGGUUGUUGAGUCGUCUCACGUAGCGUUUGGUCGGGGGUUCGAUUCUCACCUAGCGAACGAAGGGAGGGGGGUGUGCGCCCGAUUGUGGAAAUAGCUGUAUCGGGCGUAACGGGCGCCAAAUAGGAUUUGGCCUGACCCACCACUCUCCUCUCUCCCUCCGUUUUAGCCCGGCGAUUACACACCCGUUCAUUUACCCUUGGUUUUCCUUUUUUUAGUCGAAUUUUCCAUUUUUCUUCAUGGGUAUUUUUGGGAUGUUGGACGAGUGUUAAUGUAUAACAAAGACUAUACAAUAUGUGUGUAAACUUUACUAGAUCGCGAAAAUUGCACUAUUAUAUGCUUAUUUUUUGUACAUUACAAAAAAAAAUUUAGGUGUUACAAAAAAAAUACCCUCGGUUUUUCUUUCUUCUUUGUUUAGUUGAUUUUUCUUUUUUCUUUAUAUGUGGGUAUUUUUGGGUUGUUGGACGACUAUAAAUGUAUACACACAAAACUAUAUUAUAUGUGUGUAAAUUUUACUAGAUUGUGAAAUUUGCACUAUUAUAUGCUUAUUUGUUUGCAUAUUAUAAAAAUCAAAUUUAAGUGUUAGAAAGAAAAAUUACCCUCGGUUUUCUUUCUUCUUUUUGUAGUCGACUUUAUUUUUUCUUUAUGGGUAAUUUUGGCCUUUUGGGAUGUUGGACAAGUGUAAAUGUACACACACAAACAAUAUACGAUAUGUGUGUAAAUUUUACUAGAUUGCAAAAAUUGC